AUGCCGCUGCUGUUCUUCAUCCCUGACCGCAAGGCGACUUUUGAGCGCGGGGCACUCGAAGGCAAUCCGCCGCUGCUGGGCGGGGGGGAAGGCGGCAGCGCGGUGGGGGAUGACGGCGGCGGCAGCAACGCGCUCGUCAUUGCGUCCGCUGCGUCGUGCGCGCGCGGCGGCAGCCGCCCCGGCGAGCUCCGCGAGCGACUGGCAGGGACGGGAGCUGAGCUGGCAUCCGGUGCUGACGUGGCAGCUGACGUGGCACUGGACAACGAUGAGCUGGAGCUGGUGGACGAGCGCAAGAAGCGGCGCAACAGCAAGCGCGUGCAGCGCAAGCUCCGCCGCAUCCAGGGUGGCAGCAGCAAGCAGAAGGUUGAGCGCGCCAAGGCGUUUCUACAAGCAGGGCUGACCCCUCCUGCUGCCCUGCAGGCUCUGUUGCUGCGGGAGAGACGGGCGGGGGGUCGAGGAGAGGCGGGGAGUGAUGAGGAAGGCAGUGAGGAGGAGGAUGAGGAGGAGAGUGAGGAUGAGAGGGUUGAAGGGUUGUUGUCGUGGAAAGAUGAGAGGGGGAGGGCGAGGAGUGGGGGAGGUGAGGGUGAAGAGAGUGGGGUGGGCGAGAUGAGUGAAGGGGCAGUAAUGAGAGGAGAGGAAGGGAUGGGAGGGACAGGUGAGGGAGGAAAGAGUGUGGGGAUGGAGGUCGAGAUGAGAGAGAUGGAAACAGAGGGCACGGGAGGUGGAGAAGGUGUGAUCAAAGAGAGGGAGACGGGAGGGAAAAGGGACACGAGUAGGGAGAGCAGUGGGGAGGAGGAAAGCAGAGGAGAGGGAAGCAGAGAGGAGGGAGAGGUUAGUGAUAGCGAUGAUGGGGAGGAGGGAGAGGACGAGGGGAAGCAACACGGUGAAGAGGUGGGGGACGAGGGAAUGGUGGAUAGGCAGGGGUUGCUGGGCGAACAAGAAGGGCACAGAAUGGAGGAUGACGAAGCUGCCAGGAAGGAGGAGCAUGCCAGGGAUGACGUCAUCAGGGCAGAGGAAGGAGAGCAGCAGGAGGCAGCAGAGAGCGAAGGGGCAGCCGUCGAGGCGGAGCAAAGAAAGCAGGGGGGGAAUAUGGAAGGGAGGGUGGAGCAGGGAGGGGGGGGUGGUGGGAAGGAGAAGCAGGGAGGGGGUGAGGGGCGAAGGGGAGGGAAGCUGUGGGUGCGGGUGGAGCGGCGGGAGGAGAUAGAGGCGCAGCGGGCAGGGCUGCCUGUGGUGGCGAUGGAGGGCGAGGUGAUGGAGGCGGUGGGGAGCAGCAAUGCCGUGCUAGUGUGCGGCGAGACUGGGUCGGGCAAGACGACACAAGUGCCACAGUUUCUCUAUGAGGCGGGGUACGGCUCGUCCCUCCCGGGGGGUGUGCCGGGCAUGAUCGCUGUGACUCAGCCGAGGAGGGUGGCGGUGCUGGCAACGGCCAAGCGCAUAGCGGAUGAGAUGGGGGUCACCGUGGGCCGGGAGGUCGGCUACCAGGUGCGGUACGACCGCCACGUGGCGGGCGGCACGGCCAUUAAGAUAAUGACAGAUGGCAUCCUGCUGCGCGAGGUGCAGGCGGACCUGCUGCUGCGGCAGUACAGCGCGGUGGUGCUGGAUGAGGCGCAUGAGAGGAGCGUCAACACCGACAUCCUCGUUGGGCUGCUCUCCCGCAUCGUGCCACUCCGCCAGAAACUGCAUGACGAAGCCAAGGCGGCUGGUCGGCCUUCCUCCGCCCCGCCUCCUCUGAAGCUCAUCAUUAUGAGCGCCACUCUCCGCAUCUCAGACUUUACUCUCAACACGCGCCUCUUCCCCGCGGGCCCUCCCCCUGUCGUCUCCGUGCCUGCCCGCCAAUUCCCCGUCACUGUUCACUUUGCCCGGCGCACCGAGCUCGUGGAUUACGUCCGGGCAGCCGAGAAAAAAGUUUCGGCGAUCCAUCGGAAGCUGCCCCCCGGAGGGGUUUUGGUGUUUCUGACCGGGCAGAGGGAGGUGGAGGACCUUUGCAGGAAGCUUCGGAAGAAGUUUCCAAUGAAGGGCGAGGGUGUGGAGAUGCAGCAGGUAGGGGAAGAGCAGGCCGCAGGGGCAGCUGGUGUGGCAGAGACAGCUGGGCCAGCAGUGGCAGGGGAGGUAACGGGGGCAGCUGAGGCGGCAGGAGGGGGAGCGGGGCCUGGCAGUGGUGCCUCUCCCCUCUCCAAGGGGGAGCAGGCAGGGCCGGGCGGCAAGGGGGAGCAGGCAGGGCCGGGUGGCAUGUAUGUGCUGCCGCUGUACGCCAUGCUGCCGGCCGCCCAGCAGCUGAAGGUGUUUGGAGCCGUGCCUGAGGGGUGCCGCCUCGUGGUGGUUGCUACCAAUGUUGCUGAGACCUCCAUCACCAUCCCAGGCAUACGCUACGUGGUGGACACAGGGCGGGCCAAGGUGAAGCAGCACACAGGGGGGGCGGGCUUGGCGCGCUUCACAGUGGAGUGGAUCUCGCGGGCCUCAGCGGACCAGCGUGCGGGCAGGGCGGGGCGGGUGGGGCCGGGGCAGUGCUACAGGCUGUUCUCAAGCGCGGUGUUUGCCAACCAGUUUGAGGCGUUCGGGCAGGCGGAGAUCGAAAGGACACCCAUUGAGGGCGUCGUGCUGCAGAUGAAGGCCAUGGGCAUUGAUAAGGGGGAGAGGAAGGGGGAGGGGGAGGGGGAGGUGGGGAGGGUGAGUGCGCUGGUGGUGCGGUAUGCGAUAGCGGUGGUGGCAGCAAUGAGCGUGGAGAGCCCUUUCCUGCGCGACAAUGACACUGGCGACACAGGCACGGCGGGCCAAGGGGAUAGUGGGGGGACGGGCGAGAGAGGCGAUGGGGCAGAUGGCAGGAGCGGUGAAGAGAGAGAGUCAAGGGCAGGUGUGGGUGGUGGUGCCGACCACGCUGCUGCUGCUGCUGCUGCUGCUGCUGCUGCUCCUCCCAAUGGCAAGGCGUUGAGUCGCCACGCAGCGCAUGCGCUCUUCUGGAGUCGCAGCAGCGACGCCAUCACGGCCGCCAAUGCCCUGCGAGCCUAUGACGCUGCUGUCCGCGCAGGCAAGGGCGGGCGGAACACACUACCUCAGGCCGGUGGGGCAGCUCAGAGCAGGAGUGGGGCUGGCAAAGGGGACAGGGGCGCAGGGGGAUGGGGGGGAGCGGGGGAGCGGUUCUGCCAGCGGUUCUACCUGAGGGAGCGGUGCAUGAGGGAGAUGUCUCAGCUCGCCCACCAGCUGUCUCGCCUGCUCGUUGCAGGCACCCGCGCCCACCUCCUGCAAUCCUUCCUCUCCUACGCCCUCUCCUCCUCUCCCUCCACCUCUUCCCAUCCCGCCGCGCCCGUGCCGCUCACUCUGCUGGUGGAGAGGGGGGAGCAGUUGUGGGCGGGGAGAGAGGGGAACAAGGAGGGACGGGUGGAGCCACAGUUGAGGGAGUGGGAGGAGGGGCUGAUCCGAAGGGGCCUGGCAGCAGGCUGGCCCGACCGCCUCGCGAGAAAAAUGGCUCCCGGAGACAAACCAUCAGCAGCAGGUAGUGCUGCUGGCGCUACUCACUCCCUGCCGAAACGUGCCGUGCGGUACGAGGCACUGUUCAUGGAGGAGCCAGUGCUGCUGCACCCGCGCAGCGCUACCUUCCGCUCGGCGCCACCUCUCCUGCUCUUUAAUGAAAUCGUUCAGACUGAGUCCCACCCCUUCCUCGUCACCACCACAGCUGUCGACCCCGCCUGGCUGCCCUCCUCCUGCCCCGCACUCUGCUCUCUCUCCAAGCCUCUCCCCGACCCGCCGCCCCGCUACCACCCUCCAUCGGACCGCAUUCUUGCAACAGUAGCAGCUGUGUAUGGGCCCAAGCGGUGGCCUUUGCCGCACUGCACUGUGGACUUGGAGGGGAGCAGGGAGAGGGCGGCUGUGUUUGCGUGCGCGCUGCUGCAGGGCCAGGUGGUGGGAGCAAUGAAGCGGUUACAGGGGUUGCUUGCUGGUAACCUUACGAGCUUGCUGCGGCCGGAGGGGUUGGGGCAGAGGAGGGCAGGGGACUUGGUGCAUAGUAAGGGGAAGCUGAGGGCGGCGUGGGAGUGUGAUGGAGAGUUCCUGAGGGCGGAGGUGAGGUCGUGGGUGCGGGCAGGGCAGGAGGGCGUGGUGGAUGGGCUGUGGCGAGAUAUCGUGAGGGAAGCUGUUGUGGGGGCGAAGAAGCAAAAACGUUGA